CUGACGUUUAUUUGUGAACAGAGAGAGAUUGAUUUUGUUAUCUUAUCAAAUGUGCUAUAGACCAACCCUAUAUUAUUUAGCAGAGACGUUGAACUUGCUGAAGUUGCUCUUUCGGUGAUAAAUGCGUUUUGUCGAUGUUGCCCAACUGUUAGGCUACCGCCGUCAUCUCCACAAUUCUAGUCUAUGGUCUCGGUCGGGUAAACAUAGGCUACCAAAAUGGAUUUGUCGAUAAUCCUGAAAAACCUCCAAAUUUCUAUGGAAGGAAUACAAUAUGUAGACAAUUGUGAUUCUUCUGCUGAUCGUGGUUGUCCUCUAGCUAUGGUACUUAAACAUAUCCAGGAUAUGCUCAAGACCUCUGAACAGGGAGUUUUCAUACUAGGCACCACUGAACAGCUUUUUCUGAAUGCAGAUGUUAAUUGGCUUUUCCCCGACAUUCCCGAAACUGAGUUAAGAAGUAUAUACAUAGACUUCGUGAAAUCUUUGAUGUAUUAUGCUGCUUUGCCGGUUUGUGAUACGGACAGUGGAAAUCUACCCCCGAGUUUCUUCAGGGAAAUCCCAGGGCGCUCAUGUGCAGUGAGUGCCGUGAUGCAGGCUCUCCUUCUCCGACUUGGGAAUACAGAUGCGCCUUUAUCUCACAUUACUCGUAAUAGGUCACUCACACGCGCACUGGCAUCCUUUAUGUGCGUGUUUUCGGUGACUCACCUUCAAGACCAGCCAUGGACCAGCGAAGCUUCCAAGAAAGAUGCCCUUAGUCUGCUGGCUUCCAUAUCCCAGACUAUAGGCCAUGAAUGUUUUUUGGACAUGCUGUGUGGGAAAACUGUAGAUGACCAUACAGGAGUACUCCAAACUGUUCUGGAUAUGCUCAAAUCAGAGCUGACAAAGGAAAACUGGAAACGGAACCAGGCAACAAAGCAUGUUUUCUCAUGGAUCUUGGUCCAGGUCAAGAGGCCGUGGUUGUCUUCUUAUCUAGAAAGUGUCUUCCCACCAUCCUUGCUGAUCUCUGAUGAUUACCUUUUGGAAAACAAAGUCCUCGGUGUCCACUGCUUGCAUCACAUUAUUCUCAAUGUGCCUGCUGCAGACCUACGGCUGUUCAACCGAGCACAUGUCAUUUACCAUGCACUGUUCAACCAUUUAUACACUUCUGAAGCACAGCUCUUAGAGGUGGUCCUGCCCUGCCUCUUAGACUUGUUAUCUGUUCUGGAGAGGCCCCAUGCAGACAUAUCUUGUCCAAGGAAAAGAAAUCGUUAUGAUCAAGUGCUGUGUCGCAUCCUAACCUAUAUGGAGAUGGAGGACAAGAUUGCUCUUCGUCUUCUUUAUGCUACCACUCUUAUUCCUUUCAUUGAGAGGAUGGGCAUUGUAAUUGUUCGCCAUCUUAAACGCCUUGAGAGAGUCAUUAUUGGAUAUUUGGAGAUAUCAGAUAGUCCAGAAGAAAAGACCAGACUAACUAUCCUGGCUGUCUUAGAGAAAAUAAUUCAAGUUGCUUGGCCAAGGAUUGAGUGCCGGAUGCCUGUUCUUGGACGAAGUUUGCUGAGACUGCUGUGUGAUGUCACCAGAGAGACACAACCCCCAGAUGUUAAAAAGGAUCUCCUAGCCAAAACCACUCACUGUCUCCAGAUGUUGGAUUACUGCUCACAUGGCAAACUCAAAGGUAUCCUUGAAGAGGUGGAUAACACCUGUGCCAAUGAAACAGUUCUUGAGUGCAUAAAGAUGAUAACUGACCCACCAUCCUAAGAAUUGAUCACACAACAAAGUCCUACUAAGGAAUAGAUUUCUUUUUGAGGGAAGCCAGUAAGGGAUGAACACAGGAAAGCUGACCAGAAGUAAGGUAGACUGUUUAUUCAGUCUUUUAACAAUCCUUAAUAAAAAGUAAUCAAUGAAUGCUAUGUUCUGAUGGAAAGCAAACUAAUUUUAUGAGUAACAUGUAAUUUUAUUAUUGAAAAAUAAAGUCAGAACUUCACAUCUAA